AUGGGAUACAAGGAGGUAUUAAACAUCGCGGCAACCGGGAGAUGGUUGUGCAAUUUUGUUUUGAUUUACAGUAUUUUAUCGUCGUAUAAUAUUGAUUCCAGUUGUUUGUGUGAAGCUCACGAAUUCGUACUGGGAUGGGAGCUGCCUUGGAACUCGACGGAGUCGCCGUCUGGAUAUCAUUGUCUGGGCCAGCGCAGUGCCAGUGCCGUCUACAUGGCGAUGGACCGGGUAUACAUCGAAGGUAUAAUUGGCAACAACACAAUGGAGUUCAUAAUCACGGAUAGUAAAUGUGACAAUUCCGAGGCAUUGGGACAAGCUAUCGAUUUGAUUAUAUACCAAGAUGUAGACGCUAUGCUGGGACCACCGUGCUCAGGACCAUGCAAUAUUGUAUCCACGCUAGCAUCGUUUAGUGAGUUGGUAAUGACAUCCUGGUUUUGUCCAGAAGUCAUGGAUAUUUCAAAUAAAACGUUGCAUCCGUACACAUCGCGACUAUUAGACCCCAUUCACAAAAUGACUCCACUUGCAGUGACUAUCAUGCAAGAGUUUGGCUGGGAAUAUGCUACGAUAAUCACACAGGAAGAUACGAUAUUCCAAGAGAUAGCCGAUAGAAUCGAACACGACUUGAAAAUAGCAGGCAUGACUAUUUCUACGCACAGCUACUCUGAGCUGUACCGCGAACGCGUAUUCGAAAUUCUGACAGAAGUAAAGGAGACAGCAAGGAUUAUAUUUCUCAUUGUUGGCACAGUGACAGUCCUGGAACAAGAUGAACAAAUGUUCAUGCUGGGUGCAAAACAGAUGGGUAUGACCAACGGCGAUUUUGUCUUCAUUAACUUUGAGAUAUUUACAGACCGACCAGAAACCCAGUAUUGGGCUCCUCUGUUGCCAAGACAUGAAGACAAAACUGCUGAUUUGUUAGUAGCAUACAGGGCAAUGUUACAUGUUACGUACAGUCUGCCAUGGGACGAUGGAUUUACAGAAUUUAUGGAUGAAGUCAUACCAAGAAUGGCCGAUCCACCUUUUUAUCUCAAUAUAACAGAGUUUGAGGCUAGUGUUAUGGCUGGAUAUCUAUACGAUGCUGUUCUGUUAAUUUCUUAUGCUCUUAAUAAAACAUAUGAAAUGGAUCUGCCAAAUCAUAAUUCCUACUUGGUAGCUGAAAAUAUGAGAGAUAUCAUAUUUGAAGGAGUGACAGGCACUGUAAUAAUGGAUGAAGAAGGAGAUAGAAGAUCUAUAUUUGUUUUACAAGAUGUUCAGUCGAUUGAAGAAAAUAAAACUGUGUUUAAAACUGUGGCAUAUAUGAAUGGGAUAAACUACACCUUGGUAAGAAUGGAAGGGACAUUUAUUGACUGGCCUGGUAAAGAGAUUCCCAAGGAUAGGCCUAGAUGUGGGUUCCAUGGUGAAUAUUGUUGGGCGGUUGGUCAGAUUGUUGCAAUGGCUGCUGGUAUUGUAGCCGCUAUAGUGGCCAUCAUUUUUGCAAUUUUAUUCAUAAUCCGAUACAGAAGAGAGACAGCUAGAAGGAAGCAGUGGUUACUACAUUGGGAUGAUAUACAACUGAUCCCUACCUUUCCUGGUACCAGUGAUGGCACAGGACUUCAGAGUCGAAUCUCCAAAUUUAGACUGAAUCGUAAUGUCAGCCAUCCUUCUGCAAUAAGUUCUUUACCAGGAUUAGAGCGGGGAUUCCGAGGUGAAUCAGACUUUGCAGUAGCAAUAUAUAAAGCCCAGACUGUUGCUGUGAAAAGAAUCCUUAUGAAAAACUUCCAUCUCACAACUUUUAUGAAGAAAGAGUUGACCAAGAUGCGAUCCAUAACUCAUGAUAAUUUGAACCGCUUCAUUGGUAUAUGUCCGCCAGAUUCCAGAAACAAUGAAAUGUUAUAUUACGUAACAGAGUACUGUCCCAAAGGUUCACUCAUGGAUAUUUUAGAAAAUGAUGAUAUUAAACUUGACAUGACUUUUAAAUUCUCCUUCUUGGAGGACGUUGCCAGGGGUAUGUACUAUCUACACAAUUCUGAAAUCAAAUCUCAUGGUAUGUUGAAGUCAAGUUUAUGUCUAAUCGACAGUAGAUGGAUAUGCAAAAUAGCUGACUUCGGUCUUAUUGCAGAAGAUAUUGACAAAACUCGAGCUGAAGAAAAAGAAAUGGAAGCCAGAUUUCGAAGAAAAUUAUGGACAGCGCCUGAAUUGCUUCGCUUAGAAUGUCCUUCUAAAGGAAGCCCUAAAGGAGAUGUCUACUCUUAUGCUAUUAUUAUGCAAGAAAUUAUCACAAGACAAGGUCCCUUUCCUGAUUGGGACGGAUCCCCCAGAGAAAUCGUAAGACGUGUAAUGCAGAGAGAAGAACCACCAUUCCGUCCUGAGAUAACACCAGAAAAUGAAAAUCAUCUUACUCUUUCACUUUUUUCACUCAUGACGCAGUGCUGGGAAGAAAGACCAGAAGACAGGCCAGAUUUUCAUACUAUUAGACAGAGACUUAGAAAUAUGAACAGAGGCAGAAAACGUGGUUUAAUGGACAACAUGGUGUUGAUGUUAGAAAAGUAUACUGAAAAUUUAGAAACUAUUGUUGCAGAUAGGACUGCACAGUUGGUUGAAGAGAAACGGAAAACAGACUUACUGCUUUAUAGAAUGUUACCAUUGACUGUAGCCGAGCAACUAAAGAGAGGAGACUCUGUGGUUGGUGAAUUCUUUGUUUCAGUGACAAUAUAUUUUAGUGAUAUUGUUGGAUUUACUAAGCUGUGUGCUAAGCACACACCGAUGGAAGUUAUAGAUAUACUCAAUGACAUCUACUCAUGGUUUGAUGAUGUCAUCCAACACUUUGCUGUAUACAAGGUGGAAACCAUUGGGGAUGCAUAUAUGGUAGUAUCAGGUCUACCAGAAAGGAAUGGUAACAGACAUGCUGGUGAAAUAGCUAGUAUGUCACUUUCCAUAUUAAAAGGUCUCCAGUCAUUUAAAGUCAGGCAUAUAGAUGAAUAUUUACAAGUCAGGAUAGGAAUCAAUACAGGUUCUGUUGCAGCUGGUGUUGUUGGUUCUACAAUGCCUAGGUACUGUCUGUUUGGUGAUGCAGUAAACACAGCUUCUAGAAUGGAAACCAAUGGGGAACCAAACAAAAUACAUAUAUCAACAGAGACAAAGUUUAUUUUAGAUGAACUUGGGGGAUAUUAUACCAAAUCAAGAGGAACAGUAGCCAUAAAAGGCAAAGGUGAUAUGACAACAUAUUGGUUGAUUGGAGAAGACAUUGACAAACAUAAAAUAAACAACAAUAACACUGCUGAUGCACCAGAGAAGAAAUUUUCAACUGAGACUAAUCCCAGUAGUGACAUAAGUGGUGACAGUGUUCUUUCACCUGCUACCAGGGCACCGCAAGAUGGCUACAUGGACAUUGACGAUCUUCUGGAAGUGGAAGAAGAGUUUGGAAGUCUGACAAGUGCAUCUGGAUUCAAGAAACAUCAGAAUAAACAGAAGAGUGAGAGCACAUCUACAGCAAGAUCUAGUGUGCAGUCUGGUCAGGUUACCCCAAAAGACGUCAAAAUCAGUGGAAGUUUAUCUCCCGUAAAAAAAACAACUAGUUUUUCUAUUCCUAAUGGUGGGAAUCCUAAAGGUGGGAGCAACAGCUGA